ACAAGAUUAGACAAUGCUGAAUGCACAGAUUCCAGAAACCUUAUAACCCGUCGUUGGCUAGGUUGGAAAGACCAGUGUAUUGAUAUCAAAGAGGUUGAUCCCCCUAGUACUCCUACUGAUACAAGAAAAGAGCUUGCUUUGACCGUGACAAGCCUACCAAAGUUAAAACCAGGAGAAUAUUACCAUUGCCUAUUUGAUAACUUUAGUAGUGAGAAUGCUAUUGUGGAUACAGAGGUUAUCAACAACACAUCUAUUAUACGAUGUAACACACCACCAGUUUCUGCUAUACCAGACAGGCCACAUGGAUCUCAAGGAGUAAAGUUAGCUAUCAAGUCAUCAGAAACGAGAGUCAGGAUUGCAGAGACAGAAUUUGUCUUCUACAAAUGUUCAGCUUUUUCUGGCUGUAUGGAAUGUGUUGACAAUCAUUUUGAAUGUGAAUGGUGUGUCUUUGACAACGUUUGCCACAGCAAAACAGAGGAAUGUGCAUCAUCUCAACUUGGUAGAGUGACUGGACCUGAGACAUGUCCUCAUAUCUUGAAUAAUACAGCAGUUCUGAUACCUGUUGGUGUUGAGCAAAGCUUUAAAGUACAAGCAGCUAAUUUACCUGGUGAUGAGAAUUUACCUGGUGGGAGGCCCAUUUCCUACAAGUGUGUGUUAGACUAUGAAGGAAGGGAAGUGUCCGUACCAGCUACAAGACUUAGUAACAGUCUUUUAGAAUGUCACUCUGAAUCUUACACAUUCCAGACAGAAGUAGACCAACUUUCUGUGGUUCUCAGUGUGCAGUGGAAUGACAUCAUACGCAUUGAUAACCCUUCUCAAUUCUCAGUGAUUCUCUACAAGUGUGAUGUUGAGAGGCCUAACUGUGGUGUAUGUAUCAGUGCUGAUGCUAAGUACCAAUGUGGCUGGUGUGAAAGCACCCAACAAUGUUCUAUUGAUAAUCAAUGUAGUAAUUGGUAUUCAGGAGGAGAUCUCUGCCCGACCCCAAGAGUUACCAGUUUCAGCCCAAGAGCUGGACCUGUAGAAGGUCAGACCAACCUGACUAUUAGAGGGAUCAAUCUUGGUCAAACUGUUUCUAAUAUUCAUAACAUCACAGUAGCUGGACAUCCAUGUGAUCCAUACCCAGAGACAUAUAUCACAGCUACAGAGAUUGUAUGCAUGACUCAAGGAGUGUCAAAUCCAUUGAGUGGUCCAAUCAUCGUUAGACUAGCAAGUGAGAACAAGACUGAAGAAGGACAUUCAGAACAAGACUUCAGAUUUGUGGUACCUAAGAUCAUAUCUCAUAGACCAAUCCUUGGACCAGCAUCAGGUGGUACUAGAGUGACCAUCACUGGACAUGAUCUAGAUGCUGCUAGCUCUAUCAAAGCUGUGGUAGCUGAUCAUGAUUGUACUGUGGUUAGUAUAUUUCAAGAUUCUAUAGUGUGUGUGACAUCGCCUGCUCUGCCUGGUGAUCAUGGAUACGUUGGAAUGAGAUUUGAUGGUCGUUAUGUUGAAGGUACCUUGCAGUUCACAUACAACCCUGAUCCUACUAUUCUUAGCAUCAAAAGAUUCAGAUCAAUUAAAAGUGGUGGUGUACCAGUACGAGUGGAAGGUACCAACCUCAAUGUGAUACAAAAUCCACAGAUGAUGUUUAGACUACCGGAUAAAAACUUCACAGCUAACUGCACUGUGAGCAGUCCAGAGACAAUGUUCUGCCCAACCCCUAACAUGUCAGCCAGUAGUGUACCUCUACCAUAUGAAACUCGUCAAGGUCAAUAUGGUUUGAUCUUGGAUGGUGUCAAGAACUUCACCAGCCUUGAAGGUCUACCAGGUGUCCAACCAUUUGAGUUUGUCUCUGAUCCUUACUAUCAGAAGUUUCAUGAAGCAGAUCAUAUCAAGAAACUUUCCUAUGGACAACCUAAGCUCCUUACUAUCUUGGGAGAGAAUCUAACUUUAGCAUAUGAGGAGAAGGAUGUAGAAGUGUUGAUUGGUGAUUUCCGAUGUCAGAAGAUUCUCUUGGCUGCAUCUAAGCUAUCGUGUGACCUACCGGAUGAACAACCACAAAGCACUAAUGGAGAUCUGUACCCAACUGUCUUGGUUCGUCAUGGUAACCUUGAAUUCUAUGUUGGUAAGCUUCACUAUGAACCAAAGGAGAUACCGUGGAUACUGAUCAUUGGUGUAGCGGCAGGUUCUCUUCUCGCAAUCAUCAUCUUUAUGAUGACCCUGGUGGUAUACUGUCGUAAAGCUAAUGCCAAUGAACGUCUGGUGAAACAGCUUGAACAACAGAGAGAUACGCUAGAAAUGAAAGUAGCCAAGGAGUGCAAAGAAGCAUUUGCUGAGUUACAGACCAGUGUGAAUACAGUUACCAGCGAUCUUGGUUGUGGAAUACCCUUUCAUAGUUAUCAUAUCUAUGCUAUGAAGACAAUGUUUCCUGAUCAACCAAACCACCCAGUCCUCAGAGAACUACCACUUCCGAGGGAUCGUAAGACAAAUUCUGAGCGUGGUUUACAGAUGUUUGGUCAAUUGAUUGAUAACAAGACAUUCCUACUGUGCCUGAUACAAACCCUUGAAGAGCAAAGAACAUUCAAUUUGAGGGAUGUGAGUGCAGUAGCAUCUCUUCUCAUGGUGGUUCUUCAAUCUAAGAUGGACUAUGCUACAGAUAUUAUGAAGGUCUUACUAGAAAGACUCAUUGAAAAACAUCUAGAGAAAGACAGAGCAAGGCUACUCAUGAGAAGGAAUGAGUCUGUAGCAGAGAAGAUGGUUAGCAACUGGCUAUCUUUCCUCCUCUAUAACUUCCUAGUAGACAGUGCUGGGGAGCCACUAUUUACACUCUUCUAUGGUAUCAAACAGCAAGUUGAGAUGGGACCAAUAGAUUCUAUCACUGGAGAGGCUAGAUAUGGACUCAGUGAAGUCAAAAUUAUCAGACAAACUAUUGAAAAUAAAACAUUGACCAUAUAUGCCAUGGGGCUUGACAAAGAUGCAGACCCACAACAGGUCAAAGUUCAUACAUGUGACUCAAUAUCCCAGGUCAAAGAGAAGAUUUUAGACUCCAUCUACAGGACCACACCUUACAGUCACAGACCUCCUAAAGAGGAACUAGAUCUUGCUUUGGUGAAAGGUCUUGACUGGGACACUGUGUCACAUACCAAACACAGGAAUAUUUACGCCAUCGGCAAGACACCUCCUUACAGUCACAGACCAUGUAAAAAUUUACACAAUCUAGAAUGGAGAUGUGGUUUAUCAGGGAGGAAGAUUCUACCAGAAGAUAAUGGUAUCAUUGAUGGAGAUUGGAAGAGGUUAACCAUGCUAUCAGAUGAGCAGGUACGAGAUGGAGAUACGAUAGCUUUAGUACCAAAGCAAGGCUUCACCAUGUCUGCCUUCACAUCACCUACUACAGGAAGAUAUACUGCAAGUCCUUGCCGAUCAACCACUCCAAUGCUAGGGUCAUCGGAUGUAGAGAAUGGUGUGAAGCUAUGGCAUCUAGUCAAACAGAGUGAUCAUGAUAAUAUGAAAGGAAAUGAGAAGGAUCAUAAGAUGAUGGCUGAAAUAUAUCUACCAAGAUUACUUACGACCAAGGUCACAUUACAGAAGUUUGUAGAUGAUCUCUUUGAGACGAUAUUUAGUGUUAACUACCGUAGUAACACCCUCCCUCGUGCCAUUAAAUACCUGUUUGAUUUCUUUGAUGACCAAGCUAAACAACAUGGUAUCACCAAUCCAGAGGUUGUACAUUCAUGGAAGAGUAACAGCCUUCCUUUAAGGUUCUGGGUGAACCUGAUUAAGAACCCACAUCAUAUCUUUGACAUCUACAAAUCAGACACAGUAGAUGCCUGUUUGUCCAUUGUUGGUCAGUGUCUAAUGGAUGCUUGCUCUGUAUCUGAACACCAACUCACCAAAGACUCACCAUCUAGUAAAUUACUCUAUGCCAAGGAUAUCCCCAAGUACAAGGAGUGGGUUGCAAGGUACUAUGAUGACAUCAAGAACAUGCCACCAAUCAGUGAUCAAGAUAUGAACGCUGUGUUAGCAGAGCAUUCCAACAGUCAUCAGUAUGACUUUCACAAGCUAUCAGCUCUCAAUGAACUCUAUCACACGUAUGCCAAGAAGUAUGGUGAACAAAUUUCUGAAUCAUUACAGAGGGAUGAGUUCGGUCAAAAGUACAAGUUAGCAGAGAAGUUUGAGCAUGUUGAACAGCUAAUGAUUGACAGUGAAUCAAAUCAUACCAUAUGAUGAUGAUAUUCAGGACAAUCUUAACAUGGUCUUGUUGCAAUAUAUAUAUAUUUUUAAGAUAUGAUGGAGUUUGAUGUUAGCCUUGGAGGAUAAUGGAUGAUGUCAUCGGAUGGUUGAUGAGCAUCUUUUAGCAAUGGAAUAUUUUCAAGGACAUUAUUGUGGAUCAUCAACCAUGGAUUUCUUGUUUCAUUUGUCUUAUGUUGAUAAGAAGCUUGCCUUUUAAUUGUAAUCAUGGAGAUGUAAUAUGGAUGACUUGGAUUAGAUGCAACUGACUUGAAUAUCAGGUCAGUUUGGUCUGACGGAAGACAGUGAUUCAAGUUAGAUGAAAAAUUUUAUGAUUGUACUUGAAGAAAUAUUGAUUAAAGUUGUGAUGUGUGCAUGGGACAUUACCUUCGAGCUGUCUUGUUAAGAAUUUCAUGUGCCAUGCAUUUCAUGGGACUUGUUGCCUGUUAUGACACAAUACGUUCAUUGUGCAGUUAUUUUAACAUUUGUGCAGAAGUACCUGUAUCUCAUUGUGGUUAUAAAACUUUGUGACAUUAUUUAUUGUGCCUGAGUCGAGAAAGAUAUUUACAGCAUAAAAAGAAUAUAAUUUGUGUAUUAUAAAUGCUGUUUUUAAGUGUGUUACGAGAUUUUACUGCAAAGAAAAUAAAUGCAUUAUUAAUGUACUCCAAAUUACUCUGUGAGAAGUCUACUUUUAAGAAAGCAGAAGAUUAACUUAAUAUUGAUUACUUCAAAUUGUUCAUUUUGAUUACAUUAUUUCAUUAUAAUUAUUUCUAUUAGCAAUUUCAUAACUUCAGAAAACUGGUUAUUUAAUUGAUAUGGUUAGAUUUCUGACUUUGGCCCCUAUUUUCACUCUUUCUUUCAAUGUUCCGCAGUAUAAUUACAAAUUUUCUCAUAAUUAUGUUUACUUCUCAGCUGAUUCAUUUAGCUCUAGCAAGAUAAGGUUCAGAACAGUGUGAUAAAAUCAUUUAGAAUAAUACUUAUUUUUACAAUGUUAAAUUUCUCAACGGUGCUCUUUGUUUAUGGAUCUGAAAUAUCUAUUGACUCUAUCAAACUUUCAGUGCUCUUCUAAUAGUAUGGAUUUACAUAUGCAAUUUUAUGUUUUCUCAUUUUGUUUUAUUCUUUUAAUUCAUGUCUUUUUUAAAGCUAGAUCAAAAUAGAACAAAAGAAAUUGUGUUGUGUUAUUUAAGUUUGUUUUUUUCAUCAGUCAUUUAUGAUUGUUACUCUACCCAUUAUAAAAUACCAAAUUGGAUAAUUCAGCUGCCUCAUUUAUCCUCAAUAUAUUCUUUCUUUUCUUUUUUUAUGUGCUUACAAAUGUACAAACUCAAAUAUAAUUAUCUUCUUUAGUGUAUACGUUUUCAAUUUUGCUCAUCUCAAAAAAGAUGGAUCUCUCCAAAUUAUAUAUUAGCAAAAUGAAAUCAUGUUGCUACCUUUACUGGGGUGUGAAAGAAUGUUAGCUGCCUUCACAGUGAUAAACUUGGGAAAGUUUAUACUGAACCAAAGUAUUGAAAUAAAAGCAAAUAAUCUGUUAAGAUAGCAUGAAUAAUGUGAACAAGACCAGGACAAUUAAAUUGAGUGUAAUGAAAAGAAUGUCGAAGUAAGGAUUUUAUUGAAAAUUAUUGAAAAACUAGUGAUAUCUUCACAUGUCUUUAUAAAUAUAUACCAGACUUUGAUCAGCAAAUAUUAGAUUAUGUAUGCUGUUGAAUAAAUGUCAAAUUAUAGAAUAUUUGAGAUAAUCAUUCGACAAGAAUUGUAUUGAUUUCUUUAUUUGUAUAAAGGAAGACCUUGGCUGCAGAAAAGCAACAAAACUAUAUUACAUAUACAAAAUAAGUAUUCAUCCCAUCCUGUAGUCAUAUGUCAAAUUUUCAUCAAGAAUUGGACAUUUGCUGAUUUCUUAAAUUCAUAGAUGCCAGGAAAUGUGAGAAAUAUUUGUAUGACUAAAAUAUCAUUUUCAUUGAUAUAAAUUGAAGAGGUUUCAUUGUUUACCAAAUGUUUUUAAAUGAUGGCACAUAAUAAGUCAGUUUCCUUGUUUUUUAACAUCAUAUUAAAAAAUUAAUUAGAACGUUGUUUAGUUCUUGUAUUUUUCCAUUUAUAUUACAAUGAGAAAAGGGAAUUAACAUUCAUAGCUAGACCAUAAUAUGUUACCAUUUUUAUUCUUUUAUGAUUCACCAUUUUUUUUUUUACUUUGGAAUAUAACCAGUUUUGACACUGAUUUUCAUCACACAACACAUUUCAUCAUGUUUCUUAAUUAUUCCCUUUUAUGUAGAUGUAUCUUAAAUGCAGCUUUCUUAAUUUACAUAAAGUGCAUUAUUGAUAUCAUGUAUAGCAAACUUAUGGUGCAAACCUUGAUUUGUAUUCUGUAUAACCAAUACAGGCUAGUUUUCAAUGUGCCCUUUUACCAAAGCUUUUGAAUUACUUAAAAGAAGUAAAAAGUAUGAUCAAUUAAGAUAUGAUUAGUAUCAAUUCAGUGAUUGUAAGAUAAUGUAAUAUGGUCAGUCAUAUUCCAUUAACAGUGAAUUGGAGCAUGACAUCUCUUUACUUGUUGCAAUGGUGUUUUAAAUUCUUUUCAAGCUUCAUUUGAUUCUCGCUAUUGAGAACACUACCAAAUUUUUGGAGCAAGAUUAUACCAUUAUUUAUAGAGAGAAACUCUAUAUUCUGCUGCAUAUGAUAUUUUAUUACAUUGUACAUUCAAAUAAGGUGACCCCAAACAUUGUUGUAAUUUUAAAUUUUUAUUUAAUUUUGAAUCAAACUCAUUUCUCAAACUCAUCAGUAAGUUUUUAAACUUUUAAUAUUCCUAGUAAAAGUAUAAAUGGAUGUUAUAUCUGUAUAAAUGUAUGUUUUUUAAUUGUAUUUUUGUGGAACCUCAGAAUAUUGAAACCGAGGAGCCCUACAGAAAAUCUGUAAAUGAUUCAAUGAAUAAAAGAAAUGUUUUCAUAUCAAAAUUAA